CGGCAACAUUACAGAGUCCAACAUGGCGCCGGCCAAACCUGAGAAGCGGAAAAUGAAGCGAUACUACGAGGAGAGCGACGAGAAGAAAGCGCCGGGGGCCGCUGAGGAUAGCGCAGAGGCGGCGCCUGUGAAGGACCCCGCUCCUCCGGGGGAGAAAACUCCGGGAGCGCGAUCGCGGAACCAAAGGAAACGGCAAAAGGACGAGCUGAUUUCAGGGGCUAAAGAUCCGUUUCCCGGUCCGGUUCCGAUUUCGAAAAAGCUGAUAUCGAAAUACGAGAGAGCAAGAAAAGCAGAAUUGGAUUCUACGUACUUUGACCACGUUAAGCAUCGUGUGAAGUCUCAAGAGGAAAAGAUCCAGACAGCCGUGGGGUUAGCAGCGAAGCAUGACAUACUGCUGCCGGAGGAGGAAGGGUUCCUUGAAGGUGAUGAAGGCCAAGACACGUGCACCAUAACCCAGGAGGACAUUGUGGAAGCGGUGGACAUCACCAGCGCGUCAAAGCACUUUAACCUGGUUCUCAAUCAGUUUGGUCCGUACAGAAUCAACUACUCAAGAAAUGGGAGGCACCUUCUCCUGGCUGGACAGCGAGGCCAUGUCGCUGCUUUAGACUGGCAGUCCAAGCGACUCACGUGUGAAAUGAACGUGAUGGAGACGAUCAACGAUGUGAGGUGGCUGCACACACACAGCAUGUUCGCCGUGGCACAGCGCCGCUGGCUGCACAUCUACGAUUCCUUGGGAAUGGAGCUUCAUUGCAUCAAGAAGUUUAACGAUGUUCUGCGCAUGGAGUUCCUGCGCUACCACUUCCUGCUCGCAACCUGCAGCUCCACGGGGUUCCUGCAGUAUUUGGAUGUCUCCAUCGGGCAGGAAAUAGCGGCCACAAAUGUGAAGAUGGGCAGAUUGAGCGUCAUGUGCCAGAACCCCUACAACGCAGUCAUACACCUCGGCCAUUCCAAUGGAACUGUCUCUCUCUGGAGUCCUUCUAUGAAGGAGCCCCUAGUGAAGAUGAUGUGUCACCGCGGGGCUGUCAGAGCCUUAAGCGUCGAUAAGACCGGGAUGUACAUGGCUUCCUCCGGCUUGGACAGGACGCUGAGAAUAUUCGACCUGCGUACCUUCCAACCUCUUCACUCGAGUGUUCUGCCUUUGGGAGCGGGGACUCUGUGCCACAGCCAGAAAGGGCUCUUGGCAGCGGGGACCGGGGACAUUGUGCAGGUGUAUAAGGACACUCACGUUGCACCCCCCAGUGCCCCCUACUUGUGUCUGUCAGUCAAGGGACCAGCCCAGGGGCUUCACUUCUGCCCGUUUGAAGACGUCUUGGGCAUCGGCCAUGGAGCGGGUUUCACCAGUAUGAUUGUGCCUGGUGCCGGGGAGCCAAACUUUGACGCCUUGGAGUGUAACCCAUACGAGAACAAAAAGCAGCAACGAGAAUGGGAGGUCAAGGCCUUACUGGAGAAGAUUCCUGCAGAUCUCAUCACCCUGGAUCCCACCCAGCUUGGUGAAGUGGAUGCCAUUACGCUGGAGCAGAAACGCAAGGAGCAAGUGGAGAGGCUGGGAUUUGAUCCCUUCGAGAAGACUCGCUUUGUGCCUCGCCAUAAGUUAAAGGGUAGGAGUUCAUCUGGAAAUCUACUGAAACGCAAGAAGAAGGUCGCUCAUGAACAGAAGAGGGUGGAGAUUCGGAACAGCGUCACAGCCCAUGAGACCCAGAGGAAAAAGAGCACUGCUACGGAUACCCAGGAGGGUCAGAGGUCAACCCUGGACAGGUUCAAGAAGUGAUCAGCGCGAGACUUUUUCAUACAGACCAUGGCCUGGAUUGGGCAUAAUCUGUAGACCUUUUGUUUUACAAAACUCGGUGCGAGAAAAGUAGGAACUGAACUCCUGUUUCAGUCCUGCCCAGAAGGAUAAGCGUGGCCCUAAAACUGCACAGCUCAGAGUACACCAUAGGCUUUAAUACUUUCAUAACCAAGAGGUUGACUGUUCCUGGGCCCAGCGUCCCAUAAACCUUAUAGUACAACCCGAUACCGAGACAGCUCUGGUUUACUUAAUGACUGUAUCUGCACCCUUUAAAUUCCACCUCUUUCUG